AUGCAAAAUUCGCCCGGCAUUGCUGACUGGCCCGUCAUCGGAAGUGCCCCGCGUGAGGGGCAGCUCAAACUAAACUCGUUUGUUCCUAGAUUAGCAAACUCUUAUGCCGUCCGACUCAAUAACGUCGGUGAUAAUAAGCUCGGCGCCGGCGCGCGCGGGGUUUCCAAGAGUUCGAAAAUAGCGGAUUCUCGCCGAGAGUCGCAGGCCAAGCAGGGAGCUGUAAGAUUAUGUUUGCAAUGGACUGGAUAA